UACAGCUUUAGCACAGAAACUGCAGGUUAUUUAAACACAUGCACACGAGUCGGCACGCCAGUAUUGAUGAGGAGGGCAGGGGUUUGACACGUGAGCCGAUAGAAAAGGUAUCAGUUGGUGAUGCAGAAGCACAAAAGAUGCUGCUUGUUCAGGCAGCACGGCUUCUGCACCCUUUCAGCUAGGAUCUGUAGUUUACACGACAACAGCAGGACCCUUUUCGGAUCUUCAUUGGACCCAGCGCUGGAUCUCCCAUAGCGCUGCUGCUGCCGGUGCUGCUGCUGCUGCUGCUGCUGCUGCUGCUCCAUCAUCAUCAUCAGCCCCUUAACACCAAGGGUGGAAAAGAAGAUCUGAUUUCCUUACCAUGUGCACAACGACAUGUAUUUUUUAUUUCACACGGUGACAGUGUAGGGGAAUGGAGCAGUUGUCAUCAAAUUCCUGCAGACGCACCGACGGGGAUACAUUGAAGGCUGUCGUGUAGACAGAAGACCUUCAUACGCAGCAGCGGCCAAUCCACGAGACACAUUUUCAUUAUAAGCGAGGAAGGACCAGCGGUCAAGUGUCGCCUCUCAUGUCUGCCACAACAAUGGGAGAGCAGCCCAUCUACAGCACCCGGGCCCAUGUCUUCCAGAUCGACCCCAACACCAAGAAGAAUUGGCUGCCAACCAGCAAGCAUGCCGUCACGGUCUCCUACUUCUAUGACAGUACACGCAACGUGUACCGCAUCAUCAGCCUGGACGGCACCAAGGCAAUAAUCAACAGCACCAUCAGUCCAAACAUGACGUUCACAAAGACCUCACAAAAGUUUGGCCAGUGGGCGGACAGUCGAGCCAAUACUGUGUAUGGCCUGGGAUUCUCCACUGAGCAUCAUCUUGCCAAGUUUGCAGAAAAGUUUGCAGAGUAUAAGGAGGCAGCACGGCUUGCUAAAGAGAAGAGUCAAGAAAAGAUGGAGAUGGCCACGUCACCAUCUCAGGAGUCUCCAGGCGGUGAGCUUUCAUCACCUUUGACCCCUGUGACUCCGCCCAUGGAAAGCAUCAAUGGUACAGAUGAUAUCUGUGACACAACUCCAAACUCAGACACCUCUCCAGGUCCAGCGCAGAAUGCGCUGGCAUUCGCACACAGCCCCGCCAUGACAAAACACUGGGAGGCCGAGCUGGAGGCACUAAAGGGGAACAAUGCCAAGCUAACAGCAGCUCUGCUGGAGUCCACAGCCAACGUUAAACAGUGGAAACAGCAACUGGCUGCCUACCAGGAGGAGGCCGAGAGACUACACAAACGGGUGACUGAGCUGGAGUGCCAGAGCAACCAAACUCCUGUGAUCAAAUCCCAGAAGACUGAACUCAACCAAACCAUAGAGGAACUGGAGAAUACACUAAGAGAUAAAGAAGAGGAAAUGGAAAAGUUAAAAGAAGAACUGGAAAACAUGAACGACCUGAUGGAGCAGAAAGACACCCUCACCCAGAAACUUGAGGAGACAGAGCUACGUGGUCGGGUGCUGGAGGAGCAGCUGGCAGGGGCAGAACAGCGGCUAGAAGAGAACCAGGAGGAGCAGGAGAAUUUUAGGAAGAGCCUGCGGACGCUGCUGGAGAUGCUGGACGGCAAAAUCUUUGAGCUGACGGAGCUCAGAGACACCUUGGCGCGGCUCAUAGAGGAGGCCAGUUAGAGUCAGAGCUCCCUAAACCCCACAGACAGACAGAGCCAUAUGAUAAUUUACAACCCGACACUCUCAAAUCUACCACUCCUAUCACCCUUCACUUUUUCCUCAUUUACCCCCUUCAAAUUACAACUGCUACAAUACACUGCCCCUAUUCUGAUUUUGCUCAAAAAGGGCAGCUAAUCCCUCUUUUAUACCUUGCAGGCAUCAAGCUCUAACCAACCGCAGUCACACCUGUAGUUCAAGACAACGCAGGGACUACCUCAUCUUGCCUUCUGAUUGGCUGGUGUUGGCGUAACCUCGGUUGAAUUGAUCCCUCUCAGUUGUAAUGAUGCCAAUGCAACUGCCCCCCAAACCCCCUUCAACCCACCCACACACUCAGAUUUAACUUGAGAACUGUGCCUCAGUGCCAUCUGCUGUUUGACUGGGAGAGCUGCAGCAAAGCGUGCAGUAUCAUAACAUUACACACAUACACCCCCCUUUCUUCCUCUCUAAACUGCCCCCCCAAGGGAAAUGUUGAAAGUCAUAAGGAAAUAAAUGCUGUUAAGACUCAGAGAACUGCGCCAAAGCUGCCAAAUCCCCCCGAAAUAUUGUCCUCUGACUAGCAGAUGCUUUGAUCCAAAGUGACUUACUGUACAGAAGAGGCUCUGAACAGAGAACUUGAGCUGGGGCUGCCAGCGGAGUGUAAUUGAAACAGAGAAUCAAAAGACGGCUCUCAACAAACCCAUUAGUUUUACCUGUUGGCCUUUGGGGAUUUCAGUGCUGCUCCUUAGCCCGGACACACAGGGCUCCGGGGUAAAUGAAGUUUGUUUUUCUUUUCCAUAGGAAGUUAAUGACUGCUAUAUUAUAUCCACAGCCUAUUCAAAUCCCUAUAAGAUAGAUGAGUAUUGAAUCUUCCAGAGGCAUUGUUCAUGCCACACUGAAAUUUUAGAUUUGACAUGAGAUUUCCUGUAUCCAGACUGCUUCCACCAUCACUGACAGCUGACCUGUCUUCCUGCCAAACUCAGUGUGGUGUGUGUUUCCCAACAAGGCCUGAACUACGACAUAGCGUGUGCCUUCCAAGCACACACGUGUGGACACAUGUUUGUACAUAAUGUGUGUGUGUGUGUUUUGUGCUGUGAGAAAGAGAAAGACCAUGUUAGCGGAUGCCGAGGCCUACACACACACACACACACACGCACGCACACACACACACACUGAGCAAUACCAGACAGGCUCUAUAUGACACCUCUAUGUAACUCUAUCAGGUACUCUACUCAGUGGACUCAUGCAGAUUGGUCAAAUGCAACUCAGCUCAUCCCCCCCUUAUCCAACAGAAAGUGUACUACUGUUGACCGCGAACCUGUGUGGCAGCCCUAUCUGGACGAAGUAGUGCAUCAUGAAGGGCUUAUAGAGUGUCAUCUUAGUGUUCAUAGAUCUCCACCCUCAGUGAAACUGGCCGCAGAUUUUCACUCCUCAUGGGUGAACACAGAACUGUACUCAGUUUCUAUACUUUUUUUACACAGGCUAUAACACUAAUGAUAUAAUAACUGAACUGUACAGGACAACUUUAUACUCAUAACGCCAAUUGUAAAUGAAUGGAUGGAUAACUCAAAUGCAGUAACACCCUGCAGUGGCUUAUUGUUGUGUAUUAACCCAUGGAAGAGUAUUGCAUAGUCAUUAUAGAGUAUGUAGUCUGUAGGUAAACAAUGAAAACCUCUUCAAUAUAUAUUUAACAACACAAUGUAAACACAUAGUGUUAAACAUGCUGUACCAAAACAUACACCUAUUGAGCAGCCCCCUCUUCCAGUAAAUCCCAGAACUGUAACUUAAACUCGCUUCCUCCAAAAUCACUUUAUUACUCUAAAUUUACAUCCUCACGUGAAAUGCUGCUUACAUAACCUUUCUAUUGAGCACCCUGUUUGCACUGUGUUAUUACACUGUUGUAACUACAUUAUAUAUAAAGAGAUUUGCAUUCAGCACUAGCACAGCAUAAUUCUGUACUUUUUUGUAGUUAGUCACACAGGUUAAUACACUGGAAUAAGACCCAUGUUGAGGGGAAAGCUACCCUUUUUUUGUUUUCUGGUUAUAUUUGACAGUCAAUUGACAGAUGGAAUACCUUGAUAUUAAUGCUAUUGUUAAUGAAUGCCUUUGUACAGUAGUGGAUAAGAAGCUUUUCAUUCUCCUGUUUUGUAACUUAUGGUAUUUAAAUGUAGGUAUUAUUAUUGUAUUUAGAGGUAUGAGAGGACUGGCAAUAUUUUUGACUAUUUAAAGUAAUUUUGAACUCAUGAUAUUAAAGAGGUACCUCAGGCUAAGAUGUGUGAAGAUUGGUGAGAGUUGUGUGUUUGCAGGUGAAAGGAUUUACCAAAUGUUGGUAAAAAAAAAAAAAAAAAAGAUCAGGAGACACACGUGUUGGUGCUGCAGCCAAACCUAAUCCUUUGUUGAAUUCAAACAAAGACAGCCCCACCGGGCUGAAAACACACUUAUGUGAACUGAGAAAUGUUAUGUUUUAUAUUCAAAUACAGUAAACCCAAAAUUCAA